AUGGCCAGGACUCCUGAGCUGCUCCUUCUGCUGGCUCUGGGGCUCUGCUGCCCUGGGAUCCAGGGCCAGAGGUACCAGAUGACAGCCAGGUUUCGUGACAGCAGCAUCACGCACCCCAAGAUGGGACAGCGGCUGGAGCUGGAGUGUGUGAUCCCUGAGAAGUACAGUGGUGUAUUCUGGAUCCGCCAGGACAAGGGUGGGACCCUUCACUUCAUUGUCUUUACCACUUCCCUGUUCUGGAACAGAUUUGAGGGGAAUGCAAAGGAAUCCACACGCUUCGAGGCAAGCAAACAAGGCAAGUUCUACUGGCUGGUGGUGAAGUCCUUCACAUCAAAGGACGAGGGGACCUAUUUCUGCAUCAUGAACAGCAACCAAGUGCUUUACUUCAGUCCUGGCCUGCCUGCCUUCUUCCCAGUCACCAUCACACAAACACUCUCCACCCAGCGCAACAGCAUCAAAGAGGACCCCUGCCUGAAGACCCCAGGCUGCCCUGGGAUCCGGAGCCAGAGGUACCAGAUGACAGCCAGGUUUCGUGACAGCAACAUCACACACCCUGAGAUGGGACAGCGGCUGGAGCUGGAGUGUGUGACCCCUUUGGAUUACAGCAAUGUUUUCUGGUUCCGACAGGACAAGGGUGGGACCCUUCACUUUAUCGUCUUUAUCUCUUUCUCGUCUGAGACCACGUUUGAGGGAUACCAAAAGACAUCCACACAUUUCGAGGCAAGUAAAGAAAACAAGUUCUACCGGCUGGUGGUAAAAUCUUUCACAUCACAGGAUGAGGGGACCUAUUUCUGCAUCAUGAACAGCAACCAAGUGCUUUACUUCAGUCCUGGCCUGCCUGCCUUCUUCCCAG